AUGGUUUCCGCCAAGGUGCUCCUGCUAGCCGAACGUCGUGCCUUUCACGGGGCGUCUGACUUCUGCAAAACGACGGCCUCGUCUCCGAGCAUUCUUACACGAGCAAAGAUGACAUGCGGCCCUGGUCUCGACUCGUGUCUCUUGUCUCUUGAUCGCCACGGACGAAAAGAGGGUCAUUACGGAUCUGUAGAAGAGGAACUCAAGGCCCUAGCAGAAAGAAUAAUUGCGAUGCUGCAGCAGCUACUUCGGCGUACGAAUCAUAACUCCACGGCAAUGUUACAACACGACGCCUUCGUCAAAGCAGGCGCCGGACUUGAGGAGGCCAUCGUUGCGUCGUCGCACACGGCUCUGACACAGAUGAGCAAUCAUUUCGAUAACAUGAGCAAUAAUGGACCCGCAAGAGACAUUUCGUCAUCAUCUCGACACUGGGGAAGCAUUGCGGACGAAAUAACUGCCAAAUGUAAUCGUCGAGCUGAAGCGUCCUGUCUAUCUAGCAAGGAGUCCGAACCAAAUCUGGGCCAACAAAAACAGCACAGUCAGGACGGUGUACCCAUCACAUGGUCAGUCUUCAACAAAAUCGUCGCAAGUUGGGGGAUCAAGCAGGCUGUGCUGAUUUGCUCGAGCUUGACUGGGGUUUCCAUUCAUACAGGAAAUGCGAUUUUGCACACUUCCCCUCCUCCGGGGUUCUCUCGUCCAAAUCAUUGGGCUCUACUACCUGUCAUUCUGUCUCGAAGAGAGCAGAUAGGUUUCAGCUCACAGGCGACAAUUAUGCAGACCAGAAAGCAGCGAGUACCAGCUAUAGGGCCGCGUACGGAUAGUCACAUAUGUAAUGCGAUUGCCGACGGUCCAAAUCGCAAUGGCCAUUACGGAGGAGUUACGCGGAUCCGAGACCUUGGAGAUGAUAUGCUCGGACAGCCGUUGUGCAAGAAGACAGGACGGCAGAGCAGAAGCACAUCUUGCAUUGGCCACAAAAGCCUCUCGACUUGCAUCGUCCCUCAUCAGGCGACAGCGGAGCAUGCGACUGGCAGCUCAAAGAUGCUUUGGAGUGCUGCAUGGGUCUCCAUCGCUGACGGGCAUCACGGACGUUCACACAUCGACAAACGUCGUCACUCAUUGGCUCCUGGCCUGCGGCGAUGGAAAUGGACUUUUACAACCGAGAAGAGAGCGGUCAAGGAAAGCAACGACGCCAUAGCUAUCGAGACCGCAAAAUGGCACUUGCGCGGAGACGGUGCUUCACUAGCUUCGUCUCGGCCUCUGCCCAACGACAAACUUCGAAAGCAAGACGCAAAAAAGAGCCGGCCUUGGUCGAGUCUCGACGUCGACAAGCAAGAAUUGUCGACGAGUGGAUGCGUUUCAGCCGAGGUGGCUCAAAGCUGGGAUGUGUGCAUAUCGAAGUCGAGAACGAGGAAGGAUUCCGCCGAGACGACUUCCGCAGGGCGGAGAUGCCUCGGACAUAAUGGAAGCAAAAGACCGGUCAACCACAGAGGUCUCGCGUGGCUUCGGUCAGAUUUCCCCGCUUGUUUCGCGAGUGAUCAUGAUGGCCAGGCUCUUGCUUGUCGUUACCUCGCGUCAGGGUGUCGCGCCUCUACAACGCGUCCUCCUCGGCAGCGGCUGAGAAUGACUCAACAACUGGAAAGUGCCCCGGCAGCACAACAAAGCUGGACAAAUCAAAAGAUCAAGAGUGAUGGGAUCAGACAUGCUUGUUCGGGAGGAGGAGACAGACUGUACGUGGGAAUCUUCUGCCUCGGAGAAAGGAAUGAGCAGGCAUGGGGCAAGGCAUUGGCGGCAGCGAUUGCGAAGAUGGAGGGGAGAGCCAUCGACGAAAGGAUGGCCGACUGUGUCACGUUCAUGACCGACGCACAAGCCAAGAAAGAAAUCAUGGGUUCAAAAAAGACCCCACACUCAUGA